UAAAUAAUCAUUUUUCCAUAUUUUUCCCAAUCAUUUCCAAGUAAAGAGAGAGGGCAGCCGGAAUUAUGAGGUCACUAGUAGUAGUGACGUCAUAAUGCAACAACAAGUUCUCGGUGCGGUACGUAUCGUACGCGCAAGCUGUAAUACAGCUACAGUGCGGAAGUUAUCGUGAUUUCGUUCGCUAGAGCCGCAUUUAGAGGAGUCAAUUUUUGUUAUUUACACUAAAUAAUUUGACAAUAUUUAUUGACUGUGAUAGCAAGAAGCCAUCAAUUAUUAUUUUGUGUCUAUCAAUACCAAUGACCAAGAUUAUUGAACAAUUAUAAAUCAGGAACAAGCAGCUACACAUUUGAUGUGGUCAGUUGUUGUACCCGACCUCUUCUUUCGUCGUGAAGCGGACACGAGCCAGCGAGUACACCGGUUGUGCCCCGGUCGAUUCAUCUUUCGAGUACCCUGCUUCACUUCAGCUCCCUUACACAAGCGGCAUGCAAAUCUUGUUUAGUUCCUGCGGUUUGAGGAAAUUACUUUGAUUUUGAACUGGAUUUAAACUCUGGCCUGUCAUUUUUAAGAUAAAAUACAUUCCCUUUAAUCACUUGUGUCGCCAUAAUGGAGUUUGGAACAAUCUUCUCAGUCUUAUUUUGUCUUGUUUUGUGUGAACGUUGUCGUCUGUCUUCAUCAGAAAAUGGAGGUGUUUACACCAACACUUAUGCAGUUCACAUUGAAGGGGGACCCGCAGAAGCAGCAAUAGUAGCAAAAGCUCAUAACUUUGUAUAUUUAGGAGAAAUUCUUCAAGAUCAUUACCACCUCUUAGAUGAGCAUCACACUGUGAAACGCUCAACAUCUCACAGUCAAGUCAGACAUGGACAUUUAUCAGAGGAACCAAAGGUACUAUGGUUUGAGCAACAGAUAGCUAGAAGCAGACAAAAGAGAGAUUUAGUAGAUUUAGGAACAAAGCCUUUUAAUCCUCAUCUUAAUGAUCCAAAAUGGCCUAUUUGGUAUCUGGCUAGAGGGCCAGGUAUAGACAUGAAUAUACUACCUGCAUGGGAGGCAGGCUAUACAGGAAAGGGUGUCGUGGUCUCUAUACUGGAUGAUGGAAUCGAGAGAGAUCAUCCAGAUCUUAUGAAAAACUAUAGGAAGAAUGCAAGUUAUGAUGUCAAUGGUAAAGAUGAUGACCCUGAACCAAGAUACAACUUCAGCAACGAAAACAGACACGGAACCAGGUGUGCAGGAGAAGUAGCAGCUCAAGCAAACAACAGCAUCUGCAGUGUGGGGGUGGCAUAUAAUGCUGGUAUUGGAGGUGUUCGUAUGUUAGAUGGUGAUGUGACGGAUGCUGUUGAAGCACAGUCUUUGAGUCUGAAUCCUCAGAUCAUUGAUAUCUACAGUGCUUCUUGGGGUCCUGAUGAUGAUGGGCAGACUGUCGAUGGUCCGGGAAAACUGGCUAAGAUUGCUUUCCUUAAUGGAACAACACUGGGUCGGGAUGGUCUUGGCUCUAUCUUUGUGUGGGCAUCUGGAAAUGGUGGUCGCUCUGACGACAGCUGUGGUUGUGAUGGCUACACCAACUCCAUCUUCACCAUCUCAGUGAGCAGUGCUAGUGAGAAUGGGGGUGUGCCUUGGUACUCAGAGAACUGUGCUUCUACCCUGGCUACCACCUAUAGCAGCGGGAGUGGCACUGAGAAACAAGUGGUGACCACAGACUUGAGAAAGAAGUGCACAGACAGUCACAGUGGAACCUCUGCCUCAGCCCCUCUCGCUGCUGGUAUAUGUGCCUUAGCUCUUGAAGCAAACCCUCAGUUGAAUUGGCGUGACCUUCAGCAUAUCAUAGUGAUGACCUCGCGACCUGAUAACAUACACACAUCUGAUUGGACGGUCAAUGGAGUGGGACGGAGUGUGAGUCAUGAUUAUGGUUAUGGCCUAAUGGAUGCAGGCGCUAUGGUAAUGCUAGCAAAGAAUUGGACCCACGUUCCUGAGCAACGCCUUUGUACUAUCAACUCCCUGAAUGGAAAUAGCCAGAAAAUCAAUGGACAUAGUGGACUGGUCGUCCAUGCUCAGACUACAGGCUGUCAGGAGACACCAGAUACUCAUGUGCGCUUCCUGGAGCAUGCUGUCUCUCGUAUCUCACUAGACUUCCCGAUCCGAGGUGAUUUGUCCAUCGCCUUGAUCUCACCUUCAGGUACCAGGUCCUCCUUGCUUCCUCGUAGACCCCAUGAUAGGAAUAAGAAAGGAUUCAAAUCUUGGGAGUUUAUGACGACUCAUACAUGGGGUGAGAAUCCUCAAGGUGAAUGGACACUGGAGAUUCAAAAUCAUGGUGCUGCCGGUAUGUCAGGUGUUCUUCAUGACUGGACGCUCCUUCUGUACGGUACCCAACCCCAUCCAGUCAAGACCCAUGAAGGUCCGAUACACUGUGAAGAGGGUCAGUUCCUGGUCUCAAACAUCACUGCAGAUACGGUCAUCCAUGAAUGCCAGACCUGUCAUAAUGCCUGUCUGACCUGCUAUGGAGCUGACAACGGUCAGUGUGUCCAUUGCUCACCAGACCUUGAGAAGGAUGGCAGUUAUUGCUUGAAAGCAUCAGCCAGCUCCUCUCCUCACUUCCAUACCAGCUCCUGGUUGGUCAUUGGUGGUUGCAUCAUUAUCCUCAGCCUUGCCUUCUUUCUUCUGUUCUGCAUCAUCUUUGGUUCGCUUCAGGCUGCUGAGCAUGGUUACUGUGUGUGUAGUGGUAAAGACUGGAUCAGUAGUAGUGACAGUGAUGACUUCAACUAUAGGCAGCUCAUGAAGCUUGAAGAUCAGGAUGAAGAGGAAGAGGAGACACUACUGUCCGUUCAGAAGAACGCCAAACUGCCACCUUUAUGAAGCAAGACAUUUCUUUAACAAUUUCUCUCCCCUUUGUAUAAUUUUCAAUCCAUUUCCAUAAGUUACUAUUAUACUAUUGAAAUUGAAGAUAUAUUUUCUUAUAAUGAGAAUUACAUGUAGUGACAUCUGUGUGAAUGUUAGUUAUUUCAUAUGUAUGGAUAGAUCUUUACUUUGAUGAAUACCCCAGCCACAUCCCUGGACCAACUCCUAACCAACUGAUAAACUAUGAAAUAUCUGCCUUUUGGGGUAAUAAGAUUUAAUGUAAAUCUGUUGUCUGCAUGGUGUUUGACUUGUUGAUGUGAUUGGGGUAUAAUGCUCAAGCAUGAAUCUUUUGUACUAUUUGUGUAUCUUUAUAAACCUGAAUGUAUAAUCCGCAUAUUGAUUGGAGAGAAGAUUUCCUCUAAUUUUGUUCUUCUUUGUCACUUGUUCCUAUCCUUUUUCUUGAAUGCCAGUUGUACUGAGCUUGUAAACUGCAGUUGAAAUGUAUGUUUUACCAGGAGUGUCUUACUUUGUAUUGGUAUAACACAUCAUUAAUGAAUGUCUUUAAUUAAUCUUCGUAGUCAGACAUAAGUUUUGUUCAGUUCUGUGGGAGAUUUUAUAUCAACAUUGUUGCUUCCUUCUGUAAAUCUUUUAUUAAACAUGGAAUGUGUUACAAUUUGCUCAUUCAAGCAUCAUUAUACAACAACGAAACAAAUUAGUUCUUAAAACGUGAAACAGCAAAUAAACCUGCCGAGGUUCAUCAUCACCUCAAAACCACCGCAAAGUCAUCCCAAUUUAGUUUGUAUUUUUGUGUAUCUUCUGAAAGCAAAGAUCUCAAGAUGGCAUAGAUAGAUUCACACUUGUAUCACCCAACAUAGAUGGCAUGCUACAUGCAUCCAAUGAUCUAUCAAUGAUCAAUCAAUGAGAAAAGAGCUUCAUUCUUCAUUUGUUUCUUGUUAGAACUGUGACUAAAUGGUAAUUUGAUGCUGUCGGGUCACUUUGUUGGAACACAAAUGUAAGCUUGAUGCAAAGCCGGGCAUGAUAGGAAAGUGGUCAGCUUCUGACAAAACCAUCAUAAGUCUAAGUUAGCCUUAGAUAUGUUUUCAUAUGAUGUCACCAUGUUUGGAGUCUCUUAAUGAUUUUAAGAGAUGUUACCAUGUUGCAAGCUCUCCUACAGCUUGUUUAUGUCCAGGUAUAUAUAUAUGUAUAUAGUAGUAUGUUAUGAUGAAGAAACUGCCUGCCUCAAAACCAAUGGAUGCUCUCUAAAAAGAGAUUUGCUCAUGGUGACACCAAAUCUGUUUUGCAUUUCCAUAUCUUAUUGAAAUAAGUAGGAAUGUAAAGAUCUUGGUAUGUUAACAUCAAGAGACUGAUGUGGAGAGGAAUGAAUUUAUGCAAAUUAAUAUGAAGUCAGAGAGGAAUUGAAUAGAAAGAAUGUCUAAUUUAGAAAAAUCCUCUUUAUGUACAUGUUGUUAAAGCAUUAUAGAAUGAUUUACAAUUUGCUUAUUUUGAUUGAUUGAUUGAAAAGUAUUUUUCAUGUUAUAUAGCUAGAGAUAUAUUAUUUAUCCUUUCUGCCUGUGAUUUGAUAUUUCUGAACUGCUAUUAAAGAAGUGGUUGAUGUAAUGAGAGGAAGAGAAAUCAUGAGGCAAAGAAAAAUGAGUAAAUUCUUAUCAAUUCUACAAGUAUGUCCUGUGAAACUAGAUUUGGGACAAGAAUUUGAAGGAAGAAAAAAGAAGAUUUGAAUAUAUAGAAUGAUUUUUAGAUAAACGUUCUUAUGUAAAGUAUACUUCAUCAAAAGAGUAGUGUUUGGAGAAAAAAAAGGGGGUUGGGGAGUUUCAAGAAGACACCAUUUUUGGUUUGUAAAUAUUAGAGGUUUACGCAGAUGAAUAAAUAUCAAAUUUAUUUUAGUUACUUUCAAUUUUACUUAAACCUCCUAGUGGAGCAGUUUAAUUUACAAAAAAUAAGUUGUUUAUCAUAUUUUGCAUGUACUUAUGGAAACUGCUUCCCUCUCUAAUUUAUUGAUGAUAAAUGAAAAGAAAACAAAUAAACACAUUCAACUGUAAUUAAUAAACAUCUGUACAGCCAUCAGGAAAGAAAGGAAUACUUAUUAGUAGAAAUGGUUUGGCUUAUUUUCAUUUUAGCAUGCUUGUAUCAACAUGUACCAUGGAAACCAGUACUUAUUAUUAAAAGGAUAGUUGGGUUCUUGUUUAUAGCUGCAAAUGCCUUCAAAGUGCAUGUUUAUUGCUCUUAUACUUAUUUAUGACAUUUCUAGUGCCCUUUUAGGACUUAAAACUGCUAUGAAGGCAAUUUUAGACCCCAACAUGUGUGAAAUUCAGAUUGAAUACAUUCCAAUUUACUGAGCUCCACUUUACAAAUAUACGGUGACAGUUAAUUUAUUCAUUCAUUCAUUAACGAUAACAAUACAUGGGGCCAGCUGCUUGUGCAUAUUAUAACCAACAUGAAAAGGCCAACAUUGGCCAUGGCUUGAAUAAAACGUAUUAGGUGCUUUCUCGUUUUUUCAAAGGCUAGCUCAAAAUUAUAGAAAAUUUGUGGGGCUCCUCAAAUAUUAGAAAUGGUUAUAUUUAUGGAUAUUUCAGCCAUCUCUGAACCAAUUUUGAUCAAAGAAAGAUAAUUUUGUCAUUCAAAUUGUAUGUUCUUUCAAAUUUGACACUCAGUUUUUCAUUAUCUCACCAAAAAAAAAAAUGUCAUGUAACGCCCUCUGCAGCAAAACUCAACUAUCCCUUUAAGUUAUUUUUCUACAUGUGCGUGUUCUACACUAGAUCAUCUAAAUACUGUAUAAUGAAACAAUGUAAAGAUAUUCCUUGGUGGAAAUGAAAGCAUUUCUGUUUUUAAAAAAAUCUAAAAACUAUCAAGAUAUAUAUUUUUGUUUGUUGUUUAAAUGGGGGCUGUGUUUGGGCAGUAAUUUGAAAUUUUUCCCUUGGAUGCUAUAGAGAUUACAAAAGGGCUUCAGAUCUCACAAUUACUCAAACAUAAGCAGUCACAGGCUUGAUAUAUGUGGAUCCUUUUAUAUUAUCUAUAUCUAAGAAAGCAUUUUUAGUUUUGGAAUCAUUUGUUGUUUUACUAAUUACGCCUUAACCUGUAUAUCUCAUAUUAUAUGUGUCCAUUGCAUCCAUGCAUUGUACAUGUAAAAAGAGCUUUUGACAAGGUGUCAUGUUUUAGUAUUGCUCUGCAUAUCUGAUGUAGCAGUCCAUUGAUACAAACCUAUGGUCAGUGUGACCAGUCAAAGGCCCAUACAUUAAUGUGUGUUAAUUGAAAGAUACUGAAGAACAACUGUUGUGAAAGUACACAUAGAGCAGAACAUUUUGUUAGUAGAUAUUAAAGCCUACUUUGAUUUAUUAAUUUUCAUUUGAUUUAUCCAAUUAAAGUAUCAAUGAUUUUUAAUA